AAUUAAAAUCAACUUACAAAGGAUCAAAAUCGAAACCCAGAGUGCACCACUGACGUAUUCCCAUAUACCACAUCGCGACAGGCAACGUGAAAUUUGACAUAAAAGUUCAAUCCGUACAAAGUUGAAUGAAUUUCCGCGCAAAGUACAAGAAAUGAGAAGCUAAUGAUAAGAUAAAGAUCAAAGACAAGUAAUACAAGAAGACCCCCUAAAAUAUCGUAACACACAAUUUGGCAACUCACAUUUCUCAUCAACGUUUGUUAUUCCCAGUUACGCCUCUCCCCAGUGUCUACCCCGUGCGUUAUCGAUCUGAGAGGCAUACCGUCUGAUAACAAGGUGUAAAAAUGUGUUUUCCUUUGACAAACCGAUGUCUCUAAAUACUUGUUAACGUGGUGUGAUACCAGACAGAUGAAUGUCAAUCCCAAAAUCCGAUGGCGCGAAGAGGCGCCGCUGGAGUCUGUCUAAACAUUAUCACAAACAGCUAUACAAAACUCCUAUACGUUGACAUCCAUAAGAAGAUAGUCCCUGGAAAAGAAAAUAACAUCACAGACCGACCGUAGACGCCAAUCUAAUAAUUUAAAUAAAAAAAUGCUCGAUAAUGAUUAAUCUUGAUUCCAAUAAUUUAUUGGUCAUAUCAUCGCGAUGUCAAUCAAGUAUUAAACGCGUCUUGAGAAGACGAAGUCUGAGCGUGAGCAUCCGAAAUGCAAGUUCCGGCGAAUUACGGAAGAUCUUGAGCCAGAUAAGGCAGGAUGGAAUUGCGGAAGUAUUUUUGGACAAAGAGAGUAGUCGUGGUUAGCUGUCUGUUGCUGAUACUGGUAUGGGUCAUCCUGAACGACAGUUCCUGCUUCUUCGGAGGAAUUUCAAGGCGAAUGACACUGCAGAAAGUAAAGCCAGUAUCGGAAUUGAAUGGCACGUCGAAUAGCCACAACAUUGUUGAAGCGAAGGUCGAAGAAAUUCCAUUAAAUAAUAUCGCAAGUCUCGAUCCAAGGAUCACGAAGGUCCAGGUGGUACCAUUAUGGACGAACAAUGAAACUCUGAAAGACGCCAUAGACGUAAUUCCCAAAAAUCACGUAAUGCGACAGCAGGGUUUAACUCCAAGUCGUCAAUUACCAAGCGCAUUAAUAAUCGGCGUGAAAAAGGGUGGCACUAGGGCUCUAUUAGAGUUCCUACGUUUGCAUCCGGAUAUCCAAGCAGCAGGUUCAGAGGUCCAUUUCUUUGAUCAUCACUAUGCCAAAGGCUUUCACUGGUACAGGCACAGAAUGCCGCCUACUCUAGACGGCCAGAUCACCAUGGAGAAGACACCGUCUUAUUUCGUAACGGCCGAAGCGCCAAGAAGAGUUCAGCACAUGAAUCCAGGCACUAAAUUGAUUGUGGUAGUACGUGAUCCGGUUACAAGAGCCAUUUCCGAUUACACUCAGGCCAAGAGCAAACGUAUCAAGAUGCCAAGAUUCGAGGAGCUGGCCUUCCUCAACGGAUCACAAGUAGUGGAUACGACAUGGGCCCCGUUAAAGAUAGGAGUCUAUGCCCGACAUUUGGAAAGAUGGCUCCAGUAUUUUCCACUCUCGCAGCUUCUCUUCGUAUCCGGUGAGCGUCUGAUAGCCGAUCCUGUAAUCGAGGUCACGAGAGUUCAAGACUUCCUGGGACUGAAACGCGUUAUAUGCGAGAAACACUUUUACUUUAAUACAACCAAGGGUUUUCCAUGCCUAUUAAAAUCCAAGGAACGAGCCACGCCUCACUGUCUUGGGAAGAACAAAGGCCGCAGUCAUCCUCAUAUCGACCCAACAGCUGUACAACGGUUACGAGAUUUCUACAGGCCGUUCAAUCAGCGCUUUUACCAGUUGACCGGUAUGGAUUUUGAAUGGUCUUAGUAACGGCCAAUGAUGACUCUAUUUAAAAAUAGAAAAACAUAUCGUACAGCUAGCCCAAUGCAACGCAGUCAAUUUUUAGCAUACUUCAUUAUUACUGUACAAUUAACUGGCAGAAGGUUUAGUUAUCGAUAUACAUUUGUAUAGUAAACGAUUAGUGAUUGCCAGUUAUCAAGAUAAUACUCUUAGCUAAUUUGAUUUUUUAAAAAAGCUUACUACGAUGAUUCUUUGUAAUAAUUUCUUUAUCUUUUUUAACUCAUUGGCGACAAACGAGGAAAUCCGAGUUAUGCAAUUCCCAGUAACCUCGAGCAUAUAUUUUGGUAAUCUGUUAUCAAUUUCCUCGUUACACAUAUAAAUAUAGACCUGUACCAUAAGCAUAUAUUAUAUUCGACGUAAUAAGUACUCGAAGAGCUCGAAGCCUGUUUUACCUUAUAAACAAAUACGCGACUAUGAUUAUAUUUUAUUUUGUCGUUCACUUUUAUAAAUCACUAGCGCCAUUUCUAUGCAAUUUCUAUGCGUACAAAACGUUGACGCUAACCACAGAAUAAGUAUCAUGUACCUCUAGUCGCAGUACCUAGGAUAGAUAUACAAUAAAAUUGAGGAGUGUUCAUUGGAUUAUGAUAUAAAUGAAAGAUGGGUGUAACAGGUGUACAGAUAUUUUCUUUUUUUUUGCGAAAUGUAUGCGACUCAGAAAGAAUCUGAUUAAUAAAUAUGUCGAUAAUUAAUGAUAUUGAGGGAUAGUGCAUAUCACGUUAUCAAUACGUACAGAGUGAAAGAUCAUUGUAAUGAUCUCUCAUCGAAAAGUGCAGCACGCAUUGAAAGUGCACGAUGUGACGAGUAAAUUCGGCACGAUGCUUUUGCUCAAGAUAUAUAUCUAUAUACAUAGUGAUAUAUAUAUAUACGUAUACAUGUAACGUGUAAACAAUAAUCGUCCGUAAGACGAAGUCCUGAGGACGGAUGGGAUCGUGUAAUUACAAUUAAUUAAAUGAAAUUAAGAUUAAAAGAAUAAGUAUACUGUAAAAGGAGCAAUAUCGUAUUUAUAAAUAUACUGUAUUAACGAUAAAUUGAUCAGUUUACCUGUUUUUUAUUAUUAUUAUAUAGCUUCCAUUACUCAAUAAUUGUUUACUUGAUAACGAUUAUGUUUAAUCAGAAGCAACAUUUUUGAUUCGAUACUAUUAUUCUUGUAGCUGUUAUAGUACAUUGGAAACCGGAAAUAUGUAUGUGGUUGCAGGUCAUUUUCAAUAGCUAUCGGUUGAGUCAUGCCAUUUUAUUAUUCGAUUACCCAUUAUGUAACAGGAUUAACCGAAUUACCUUCUUAUCUUGUAUUUUUUUUUUAUUUAUUCUUAUUCUUAUUGUUAAUACCCUUCAAUCGCUUAGUAACAGGAACAACGAGAGAGCGUCACGGCGACGUUUGCUUAAAAUAAUUAAAUGUUUUAUUGUAACGGCCCAACAUCGUCGACAUAAAUUGUAAAUUUAUUCUUA